AUGGUACAACAUGGAUGGUACAACACGACAUUCGCCUGCUUUAACCCACAGGCAUCCAAGAUCGUGGGGGUCUUCCACAUGGGACUGAGCUGGGAUAUUUGGGCCCAGGUCGAGCUUGGUCUGGCCUGCAAGAGGGAGAGCGACAGAAACAGAGGAAAGGACGCCACGGUACUGUCCGAGUUUACACGUCAGAAGAGAGUGUACGACGGCAGUAAUGGGCGAUGUGACUUCCUCGCGUCCUACACCAUGACACAGGGGGGCCUACGGCUUCAUUAUUUUAUGGACCUGAAGUGCCUUCAGAAAAACAAGCUGCCUGAUUUUCUCAACGCCGUUGCACUCGACAUCGACAAAGCCAAGGCAACAACGCCUCUCAAGGAGUGGUCAGAUAAUGUGGCAUAUGUGGGCGGUCACGUUAUGGCUAUUUCUGUCAGCCCAGUCUCCGAUAAUCGCGUGGAGAGAAAAAUGCUCCAGCUCGCAGAGAGCAAAGGAAUCACAUGGGAGGGUAGCGAAGGAAGAGGGCUUCCUCUCGGCGAGGAAGGUACCGAUCGCGUCAUUCUCUGGACCUGGAGUAGGACCUUCAUCAAGACGGAGAAGGCCCAGCAAGCAAUGGCAUCGUACGUCGACUGGUGGAAACGAUAG